UUCAAUAUUUUUUUCUUCUUCUUCUCCCGCUGCCGUAGCUCAAGGCUUCUCACUUUUCCCCCUCUUCAAUCCUCUCCUUCUAGAGAGGAACCCAACGCUUCUGGUUCUUCUUUAUUUCACGCAUCUGAAUCGAAUCAAUUCCAAAACUAGGGGCUGGGUUUUCUUCUACAAUCUGGACAAUUGGGUCUAAGGUUGCUUCAUUUUUGAGUGUGAGGUCGUAGAGGCAGAGUUUUGCAUGUGAAAGCUAAUUUGGAGGACGAGAUUCGCCGAAUUUUGCUCUUCCAACUUUGUUAAGCAGGACUUCGUGAGGACAGCAAUCUGUACAUAAUCUGCUGUCUUGUGUUCUGUGAUUGAAGCCCGUUAUUCUUCUAUUCUACUGUUCAUGGAGUUACCAGUGGACUGCAACAGAGAUGAAGCUAUCAGAGCCAUGGAAUUGGCUGAGAGGAAGAUGAACAGCGAGGAUUAUGCAGGCGCCCGCAGAAUGGCCAUUAGAGCCCAAAAACUAUAUCCGAGUAUAGAAAAUAUCACUCGGAUGCUAACUGUUUGUGAGGUACACUGUUCUGCUGAGUUUAAGAUAAAUGAUGGGAAGGACCUGGACUGGUAUGGUAUUCUUCAGAUUGAGCAAACUGCUAAUGAUAAAACCAUUAAGCAGCAGUACAGAAAGCUGGCGCUCCUACUUCAUCCUGAUAAGAACAAAUUUCCUGGUGCAAGAGGGGCCUUUAAUUUGAUCAAUGAUGCACAGAUGUUUCUUUCUGAUCAGACGAAACGUAAGGGGUUUGAUCAUAGGCUCAAGUUAAUGAGUUCUGGUCAACAGAGGCCUUCUGAACCACAACCAGUUAGGAACAACUUCACAUCUUUUAAUCAUGCAAGUACUAGUACAGCAGCACAAUUCACUAGCACAAAUGCUCGGCAGCAAAAUCAGCACCAAACCCAACCAGUGUUUGGUAAUGGCCAGCAGACAUUCUUGACUGCAUGCCCUUUUUGUAGCUCAACGAACCAAUCUUACAGGGAAAAAAUAAAUAAAGCUAUUCGCUGUCAAAAUUGCAGGCAACCUUUUAUUCCCUAUGAGUUGAACAUUGCGGCACCGGUAUCACAGCCACCCAUAAAGACAGGUAGGGCUUAUGUUGUUGGCGGGGCACCUAAACCCGAAGGAAAAGGUGUGGAUGUCCAUGCGGAAACUGCAACAGAAAGAAAAGGUAUACCUGCAGAACGUGAACAAUCAGGUAUCAAGAACAGGAAAAGAGGAAGAAACCCUGAAUUGGAGGAGGAUUCUGUCAGAUGUGAUAGCGGAAGCAGCUUUACCGUGGAGAAAGAUGCUGAUCACAAAGCUGGACAGAACUCUGGACUCAACAGUGGUCGUGUUACUCGCACUACAUCUCGGCAAAAACAUGAUGUUAGUUGCAAAGAGAAUGUAAGUCAUGAUAAUGACUUACCAAUUGGAUCAAGACGAAAAACUACUAAACUCGAUGAGCCUGGGGUUAAGGUAGAGAAAUAUGAAAAAAAGGCUCCUGUUGAAGAAAGAACACCAGGUUGUAAUGCUGGAAAGGGCAAGAAAAAUGGGGAGGAAGUAACUGCAGAUGGUGACAGCAAUGAAGGACCUGGAAAAGUGGACGCUGAAGUUCCAGACCCAGAUUUUUGUGACUUCGACAAGGACAGAAGUGAAACAUGCUUUGCAGUUGAUCAGAUGUGGGCCAUUUUUGAUGAUUUAGAUGGUAUGCCCAGAUUCUAUGCACGGAUUAAAAAAGUAUAUUCACCUUUCAAGGUGGGUAUCACAUGGUUGGAUUUUGUUGCUGGUGAUCUAGAUGAAACUGCUUGGAGGAGAAGUUUGUUACCUGUUGCUUGUGGGAAAUUUAAACAUGAGAAGAAUGAUACCGUUGAAGAUAUAUGUAUAUUCUCUCAUAGGAUAGUUUGGGAUAAAGGUGUAAGAAACAGUUACAUGAUCUAUCCCCGAAAAGGUGAAACAUGGGCCCUCUACAAGAACUGGAACAUUAACUGGAGCUCUGAUCCGAACAACCACAGAAAGUAUGAGUAUGAACUUGUCGUAGUCCUUUCAGAUUAUUCGCAGACAUCCGGCAUUUUGGUCGCGCGUUUGGUCAAGUUGAAAGGUUUUGUAUGUCUGUUUAAGCCAACUAAAACCAAUGGCAUGGCUUCCUUUCAGAUACCGUCCAAUGAAGUUUUAAAGUUCUCACAUAGGGUACCUUCAUGUAGAACGAAUGGUCAAGAACGAGCUGGUGUCCCUGAAGGUUACUUUGAACUUGAUCCUGCUUCCCUACCCACUAACCUUCCUGAAGUUUCUGCUUUUAUUGAUGUGGAAGCUGGGAUAGCCGAGGAUGGUAAAAGUAACGGGUCCUUUAAUUAUGUAUCAGAGGAGAAGCCUCAUCAGCCGAAGAAGAGGAAAAAUCCCGAUGAAAAGAGUACCUUAAAUGAGAGCUCACCAGGUAGAACUAGGUCUUCUUCUAAGAUGUCAAAUGGAUACUAUAAAAGUGCAAAUGAAGAACCUGCAGAGAAAUGUGUUUCCGAAACUUUCAGUGCUCCAGAUGGCGUGACAGCCAAGACAGAGAGAGUUUCGGAGCAAGUUACUUCUGUGACUGUAGACCCUUGUGUGCUUCCGGAGUCGGAAUUUUAUGGCUUUGAAGUUGACAAAACUCAAGACAAAUUUCAAGCUGGUCAGGUAUGGGCUUUGUAUUGCGAGUUGGAUGGCUUGCCCAAGUACUAUGCUCAAAUUAAGAAGGUGGAAUCAACCCCAGAGUUCAAACUGAACAUACAAUGGCUUGAAGCUUGCUCCCCACCUAAGGGUGUGCUCCGGUGGCGUGACAACAGUAAGAUGCCUACGUGCUGUGGUGUUUUCUCUAGUGGUGAAAAGACGGAGUUUAAUGAUACUGCUACUUUCUCUCAUCUUUUAAAAGGAGCAGCAGCUGUGAAGAGAAACAGGUUUGAGAUAUAUCCAAGGAAAGGGGAGGUGUGGGCAAUAUACAGGAACUUUAGUUCCAAAUUGUCUUCUUCUGACCUCCAAACAUGCCAGUAUGACAUAGGAGAAGUUGCAGAGGUGGAUGGUGCAAUGAAGGUGUUGGUUCUGGAGAAGGUUUCUGAUUAUAAGACGGUUUUCAAGAGAAAAUCAGGGCAUGAAUCCAUAGUUGAAAUACCACAUCAUGAGUUGCUUAGGUUCUCUCAUCAGAUUCCUGCAAUCCAGUUGACUGAUGAAAAGGAAGGUACACUGCGUGGAUGUUGGGAGUUGGAUCCCAAAGCAAUACCUGUUAGUUUCUUUAAUUCUAAGUUUUGUUUUAAAUGAUCAGGUUCUUACUUACCUGGGAAGUGGUUCACCCUUAGCUAGUUGGUUUUUUGUAGCCAUUGGAGCAGGUGGGGCAGGUAAGGCCCUUGCUUACCUGCCCAAUUCCAAAGGGGGCAAGAGUUGUGACAGCCAACCAUGCUUAUGGUAAGAUUUCUAGAAUUGAUUGGUUGGCAGUGCAGUUACUCUUGCGCAUUGGAAACUUUUUGCUCAGAGGAUGGAGUGAUUUUUUGUGAAUAUAACAUAUAUAAGAAAACACCUUAUACCAAAGGUUUGAUUUCUAUUCAGUUACAUCUGAGUUUUGAUGGUUUUGCUGCUCAGUGAAUUCUUGUCUCUUCUUCCACAUACUCUGAGACUAAAAAUAUUGUGUAUAAAUAAAAUGGAAAUUUUGUUUUUUCAUCUUGCCA